AUGCCAUUUUCAUCGGGUCCCGAUAAUGCAAAUCCGGUCGUACACGCGACGCCUUCGUCACGUCGGUGUCGGUCUUCGGCCCGGGUCCGUCACCUCGAACUGGAAGACGACAACGACUGGUUGACGCCCAACGGUGCCUCUGGUGCCACGUCCCCGCCAUCGAUACUUGACACUAUUGUCGCCCGCGUAGAACACAUGCCAGGCCCCACAGAGGCCAUCGACUCCGACGAGAUCUUCGGUCAGCCCUUGUCCUCAAGCGGGAUACCGGUUGAGCACGUGAUGACGCGGAGCACGGAGCAACUAGCUGACACCAAUCCGCGGGGCAUUACUUGGGACCACAGAUCUGAUCCGUUCCAUCACGGAUCCCGAACAUCCUUUGACGCUGGAACAACUCGCCGUCGUUUCAGCACCGCAGAUCCAUGUGACUGACGGCGCUCGGCCGAGUGUCCACGUCGAGUUCACCCCAACAAUCCCGCACUGUUCGAUGGCCACCCUCAUUGGUGAGCUCCGCCGCAAGAUAGUCUCGCAGUCAUCCAUGCUUCUCCACUUCAUGGCUGUUCUAUGCGACAUAUGGUCAUGGCUCACCUCGCUGUGGUCGGGUGCGCAGGCCUGUCGUUACGCGUACGACUGUUGCGAAGCUUGCCCGAACGUUUCAAGGUCGAUAUCAAAGUCAAAGAGGGCUCUCACCAGAGCGAAAAUGCAGGUACGUGGAGUCUCUCUUUUAUUUAUCUCACGGGGUACCGCGUGAAUCUGACUUGCCCUCGUCCUGCCGCCGGCCAUGUGCACAAUCCCGCGCAGUCAACAAGCAAUUGAACGACAAGGAACGAGUUGCCGGUGAGUGCAACAGCGGCCACUUUCUCCUUGUACUCCCAUCUGAAGCGAUCCUUGCAACCCUUUGCGCGACGUUGUACUCUGGUCUGAGUCAGCCGCGCUUGAGAACUCGCACUUGGUCUCGGUCGUUCAGCAAUGCCUGUCGACUGCCGACUAUCGUGGCCGAGUUCUGUGA